UCAAUGGGGGACCUGUCGCGCGCGAUGCAGUCACCCACGGCGUUACCAUUACCAAAAUGCAUAAAAUCCGCAUGGCGUGCCACCAUCGCGCUGCCGAUCUUCGCUCUCUCUUCUGCUCGCCCUCCCGCUUUCGUCCGCCUCUUUACCUGGGGUCCCGUUUUGAUACCCAUCGGGAAGGGUUAUAGUAGCUUCAGAUUGAGGUCCGCCGAACCGUAACUGAAACAUACUUGUAAAAGAUAGCAGUCAUGUCUGAACUCAAGCAACCAUCAGACGAGGAGGACGUCAAGAGGUCCGCGGCCGGGACCAGCAAGGCCGCCCAUGAUGUCGCACCCCCUUACGACUCGGCCUCGACCUCCACGGAGGAUGUCGUAUGCCCACCCCACACCACAGAGCGCAGAAUCACGACGAGGAUCGACACAUACAUCAUCCCGUUCGUGUCCAUCCUCUACCUCAUGGCCUUCCUCGACCGCGUCAACAUCGGCAACGCCCGCGCCUUCGGGCUCGAGGACGAUCUCCACAUGGGCGGCGUCGAGUACAACACGGCCCUUACCAUCUUCUUCGUCCCCUACAUCAUAUGCGAGAUCCCGUCCAACAUCCUGAUCAAGUACUUGUCGCCCCGCGUCUGGCUGUCCAUCUGCUGCAUCGGCUUCGGCGCCGUCACCGUGUUCCAGGGCCUGGUGCAGAACUACGGCGGCCUCCUCACCACCCGCUUCUUCCUCGGCCUCUUCGAGUGCGUCAUGUUCCCCGCCUGCUUCUACCUGCUCGGCAGCUGGUACCGCCGCGCCGAGGCCCAGAAGCGCUUCUCGCUUUUCUUCUCGUCGACUUCGCUGGCCGGCGCGUUUGGCGGUCUGCUGGCCUCGGGCAUCGGGAGGAUGGACUAUGUGCGAGGCUACCGGGGCUGGCGCUGGAUCUUCAUCCUCGAGGGCACCUUUACCGUGCUCCUCGGCAUCUUCUUUCUGUUCACCUUCCCUUCGUUCCCGGAGCAGGCGAAAUGGCUCCGCGACGACGAGCGCGAGUACGUCAAGGCGCGUCUGCGCGCCUCGCAGGGCGAGAGCGGCGCGGAGCGCAAGAUCAAGCUCAAGGACGUCGUGACGGUCAUGUCCGACUACAAGAUCUGGCUCGGCGGCUUCAUGUACUUCGGCCUGAUCGUGCCGGCCUACUCGUACGCCUACUUCGCCCCCACCAUCAUCCAGAGCUACCAGUACGACCCCAUCACCACCCAGCUGCGCUCCGUCCCGCCCUGGGUCGCCUCCUUCGGCUUCUCCAUGGUCGUCGCCGUCUUGUCGGAUUGGGCCAAGCACCGCUUCCUGUUUAUCAUUGGUGCCAUCUGCAUUGCCAUCACGGGUUUUGCUAUUCUGUUCACCGUCCACGACAACCUGCAGGUGCAGUAUGCCGCCUUGUUUUUGACCUGCAUGGGCACCUACUCGGCUAUGCCUGUCGUUGUGUGCUGGUUCAAUAUGAACCUAGCGGGUCAUCACAGGAGGGCGAUCGGGAGUGCCUGGCAGAUUGGCUUCGGCAACAUUGGCGGCAUUAUCGCGACCUACUCGUUCGUCAAGGAAGACGGGCCUUUCUUCACCAAAGGCUAUGCUAUUUGCGUCUCGUUCAUUUGCCUGAGCGUGGUGUCGUGCAUUUUGUAUGCGGGGGCCAUCACUUGGGAGAACAAAAAGCGGAGCAAGCAGGUGCAUGAUCUGAAUUUGACCCAGUCGGAGAAGCUAGAUCUCGGGGAUUUGAACCCCGAGUUUAGGUACAUGCUUUAACGUUGGGAAGGGAUUGUGAUGCAGCAUACGUCAAUGAUAGACGGGGAUAGACCGUAGACCGGUGCUUAUGAAUAAUGUGGCCUGUGUCAGGUCG